AUGGCUCUGUGUGCUUUUUAUGCAGUUUGGGCUUUGUUGCUAAAAGUGGCAAUAGCAUUUGGCCCAGUACCGAGGAUCACUUGGGAACACAGAGAGGUCCAGCUAAUACAUUUUCAUAAAUCAGAAGUGUCAAACUAUUCAACCUUGCUGUUAAGUGAAAACAAAAGCGUUUUAUAUGUGGGAGCCAGGGAAGUGAUCUUUGCCUUAAACGCAAUGGAUAUUUCCGUGAAGCUGCAUGAGUUACCCUGGGAGGUCACAGAAGAUAAAAGGAUUAAAUGUGCAGUCAAGGGCAAAUCAGAACAGACAGAGUGUCGCAAUUACGUGCGUGUCUUGCAGCAGCUGAACGAUACUUUUCUCUAUGUGUGUGGAACUUACGCAUUUCAGCCAACAUGUGAUUACCUGAAUGUAAUUUCAUUUAAACUUGGAGGUAAAAAUGAAGAUGGGAAGGGCAGAUGUCCAUUUGAUCCUGCUCAAAGCUACACAUCUAUUAUGGUUGAUGAGGAGCUUUAUUCCGGUACUUCUUACAAUUUCUUGGGAAGUGAACCUAUUAUUUCACGGCACUCUCAUCAGAGCCCUCUGAGAACAGAAUAUGCAAUACCUUGGCUUAAUGAGCCCAAUUUUGUUUUUGCUGAUGUGAUAAGAGCAGAUCAAAACAGCACAGAUGGAGAAGACGACAAGAUAUACUUCUUUUUCACUGAGGUGUCUGUGGAGUAUGAGUUUGUUGGAAAACUGAUGAUUCCAAGAAUAGCUAGAGUGUGCAAGAGGGACCAAGGAGGAUUAAGGACCUUGCAGAAAAAAUGGACUUCCUUUCUCAAGGCCAGACUGAUUUGUACCAUCCCUGAUAAACAUUUGAUUUUCAAUGUUAUCAAUGAUGUUUUUAUUCUCAAGUCUCCGAAUUUGAAGGAGCCAGUGAUAUAUGGAGUCUUCACCCCACAACUGAAUAACGUGGGUUUGUCAGCAGUGUGUGCAUACAAUAUGUCUACUGUAGAAGAGGUUUUCUCAAAAGGAAAAUAUAUGCAGAGUGCUACAGUUGAACAGUCUCACACAAAGUGGGUACGAUACAAUGGGGAAAUUCCCAAUCCUCGACCUGGUGCAUGUAUAAACAAUGAAGCCAGAGCAUCAAACUACAUGAGUUCUCUGAAUUUACCAGACAAAACCUUGCAGUUUGUUAAAGAUCAUCCUCUAAUGGAUGACUCAGUGACCCCCAUGGGAGACAGACCUCGGCUAGUAAAACGAGACGUGAAGUAUACCCAGAUUGUAGUAGACAGAGUCACAGCACUCAAUGGCACCAUAUAUGACAUUAUGUUCAUUGGUACAGAUCGAGGAGCCCUGCACAAAGCUAUCAGCUAUGAAAAUGGAAUGCAUAUUAUUGAAGAAACACAGCUUUUUCCAAAUUUUGAGCCAGUCCAAACUCUUUUGCUUUCAUCUGGAACAGGCAGAAGAUAUCUCUUUGCUGGUUCAAAUUCUGGUGUGGUUCAGUCUCCGUUGGCAUUCUGUGACAAGUACACCACCUGUGUUGACUGUGUUUUAGCAAGGGAUCCUUACUGUGCCUGGAAACCCUCUGAAGCUUCCUGCACUGAUAUUUUUAAAGAAGAUAGAAUUGAAAGGAACUGGAUUCAGAACAUAGGUGGAGAUGCAUCUCCUUGUUCUGAUAAAGUAAGAGAGAAACCCCUACAGCAUACAUUCAAGCAUGGGAGCACAGCAGAACUCAAGUGUUCUCAAAAGUCCAAUCUGGCACAGGUAGUUUGGAAGUUCAAAGACGAUGUACUGAGAGUGGAGAGUCCCAAGUACCGUCUGUUGGAAAAGGCACUGCUCAUCUUCAAUUUGUCAGAAGGAGACAGUGGUGUUUACCAGUGUUUGUCAGAAGAAAAAGUGAAGAACAAGAAAUUUUCUCAAGUGCUGGCUAAGCAUGUUUUGGAACUGAAAAAAGUACAGCACACCACAGUGGGGCCCACAGCAGCACCUACACCAACAGAAGGUAAUAGUGAUGUGCCAAAAGUAUCAGCUGUAUCAUCUGAGGGUUCUACUGCUCACACCUCGACCACUCAUAUGGUACCAGUAACGACAGCACGGAUAGUAACAAAGCCCAUUGGAGCUGUCCUAUCAAGUGCAGCCUCCAACACAGAGCUCUUCAAUUCAAUUCCAGAUGCUGUCCCAGAAAAGACGAUGUUCCUCAAGUCAAACGAUAACUUCCUGUUGAUGUUCCUCUUCCUCUUCUUUUUCAUCCUCUUCUUAUGCCUGCUCUCCUACAACUGUUACAAAGGGUACUUGCCAGGGCAGUGCUUGAAAUUCCGCUCUGUCAUGCUGCUUGGCAAAAAGAAAACAAAGUCAGAUUUUUCUGACUGCGAGCAAAGUGUGAAGGAGACGCUGGUGGAGCAAGGCAGUGUCAGCCACCAGAGCGGGGAGCAGCCAAAGCCCGCGCACGACACUGGCUAUGAGACUGAGCCCGACUGCGGGAACAGCCAGCUGCAGGCUGGGGAUUCACAGGCAUCCCGGGAGGCCAAGGGCAAGCCCUUCGACGUCAAGUGUGAGCUCAAGUACGCCGACUCAGACGUGGAGGGGGACUGA